AUGCGCCGGGCGCUGCCGCCGCUCCGCGCCCUGCUCGGCGCCGCCCGCCCGCCGCGGCUGCCGGCGCCCCGGGGGAUGUGCGGCCCCUUGGCCGAGCGGAGCGGGCACAGCGCGCUCAGCGUGCUGCCAUCCUUUGGCUUUCUCUUUGACAUCGAUGGGGUGCUGGUGCGAGGGAAGACCCCCAUUCCUGCUGCCAGAAGAGCCUUUCAGAAGCUGGUCAAUGCUCAGGGACAGUUCCUGGUGCCCGUGGUCUUUGUCACCAACGCAGGGAACUGCCUGCGGCAGAGCAAAGCUGACCAGCUGUCUCACCUGCUGGGGGUCCCAAUUUCACAAGAUCAAGUGAUGAUGUCACACAGUCCUCUGCGGAUGUUCAAGCGUUAUCAUGAAAAAUGUGUUCUGGUAUCUGGACAAGGACCACUUCUUGAUAUUGCUCAAGACCUUGGUUUCUGCCAGCCCAUCACCAUUGACACCCUGAGGGAGAAACGCCCUCUGCUCGAUGCAGUUGACCAUGACAGGAGACCCAAUGUCCUGUCCCCCUCUGCUGUGGAGCUUCCCAAGAUUGAGGCUGUGGUGCUGUUUGGGGAGCCAGUGAGAUGGGAAACCAGCCUGCAGCUUAUCAUUGAUGUUCUGCUGACCAGUGGCUACCCUGGCAAUCCCUACGAGCAGAACUACCCUCACAUUCCUGUGCUUGCCUGUAACAUGGACCUGAUGUGGGUGGCUGAGGCACAGUCCCCAAGGUUUGGGCAUGGAACGUUCAUGGUUUGUUUGGAGAACAUUUACAAGAAGAUCACUGGCAAAGACCUGAAGUACGAGGCGCUGAUGGGCAAGCCCAGCAGGCUGACAUACCAGUAUGCAGAGCACCUGAUCCGGGCCCAGGCCCUGCAGAGGAGCUGGGAGCAGCCCAUCCACACCCUCUAUGCUGUGGGGGACAAUCUGAUGACAGACGUGUACGGUGCCAACCUGUACAACCGCUACCUGCAGGAGAGCUGCAGGGCUGGCUCCACACCGUGCCUCCAGGCCCAGGUGUCUGCAGGCAGAGGCUCUGCCACGCUGUCCCAGGACCACGAGAUGUGCCUGAGGUGGGAGAAGGAGCUGGCCGGUGCAGCUGCUGCCCGCUGCAGCUCUGUGCUGGUGUGCACCGGCGUGUACAGCCCGCACACCCGGGCGGCCCCGGAGCCCGCGGACUGCGUCACCCACACCGUGUUCCACGGGCACAGGGAUUUCAGCUUCGACCCUGCCUUGGUGGAGCCCGAUCACAUCGUGCCGGAUGUGGAUGCUGCUGUGGACCUGGUUUUCCAGCUGGAGAACUUUGCACCUCAUUGAGGUGCCGGGGUUUCUCAGGGACCACUCAGUGCUGUGCUUUUCUUCCCCCAAACACACUGUGCUUUACAAGAGUGCCACAAGCUGCUGCUUUCUAAAGUUUUUAACCUCUAAAUUAAUACAAUCUUGUAUUAGGUAUGCUUAUAAGUAGUACAAGUAGGUACAUGUGUGUGUUUAAGUAUAUUAAAUAUCAAUAAUGCUUUUUA